AGUUUACUGCCAAAACGUGGGAGAAAUAAAUAGAACGACCAGUACGCAUGUUGGAUCGAAGAGAAACGGAACGGUACAGAGAGGAUUUUACGAAACAAAAUGAAUCUUCGAUCAUCGAACAGAAUUGUUGGAGGUGCAUUUAUAAAUAUCACGUCAAUUCCAUUCAUGAUCUCGAUGAUGUUGAAAGGUCAACACAUGUGUGGUGGUGGUAUUAUCGACGAGUAUUCGGUUGUAACAGCCGGACAUUGUGCCCAAGAAGUCGUCAAUCGUAUACGUGAUGUUCAAGUUCGUAGCGGAUCUUCUUACGAAGACGAAGGUGGUGUCAUUCAUAAUGUAACAAAAAUAACUAUUCAUGAAAGUUUUAAUCCUGAUACAAACGAUUACGACAUCGCGAUGUUAAAAGUGAAUCCACCAUUCAAAUAUGAUAAUAAUACACAAUCAUUAACUAUAGCGAAGGAUGAAUCGACUUACAUUGAUUUUGGCUUGGUAGCUGGUUGGGGAUACUUUCUGAACUUCGAUCCGGUUCUCUCCAGACAAUUACAAUUCGUUAUAUUACCAAAAGUACAAAAAGACGAAUGUAAAAAUGAUUAUGCAAAUGAACAAAAAAUAUCUGAUACACAAGUAUGUUAUGGAUUUCGUAAUGGAGGAAAGGAUGCUUGUAAAGGUGAUUCAGGUGGACCAAUGGUGAAUAUGGAUCAUGUUUUAAUUGGUUUAACAUCAUGGGGUGAUGGAUGUGCAAGACCAGGUAAGCCUGGUAUUUAUACUGAUGCUAUUCUACUUCGUGAUUGGAUAAAAAAACAAACUGAAAAGGAUUAAUAUGAAACUUGAUGAAAAAUGACAGAAAAUAUCAUUAUCUAUAUCGAUGAUCUUAAAGAAUAUAUUUAUUGAUACAGAUAUAUAUCAAAAUUAUUGAUAAGACGAGUUCCACAUUUUUCCCAUCCUCGGAUAUAACAAAUUUAGCGUAUUUGUAACGCAAAAGAUUAGCCUUUAUCUGUGAAUGCCAUGCAAGAUAACCAACUUUAUAAAAUGGUGGAAGUCGAUCGAAUCCUCCUGCAUCUGCCAACGAAUCAUUAUAUUCCCAUUGCUCGGUCAUCAUCUUAUGUGCGUGUCUUUUCUUCGAGGCUUUUAAUUUCGAAUCUUCGAGCAUUUGAGAUUUCGAAGGUAAAACAAGACGAUUUUUUAUAAGACUCAAGAAAUAUUGUACCUAUAGAAAAAAAUUCUUUUUUCUUUUAUACGUUCUUCUUCCAAAUGAAUGCAAAUGUUGAAUUAAAAAGAGACAGCAUUCUUAAAAAAAAAAAAAAAAAAAAAAAAUAUAUAUAUAUAUAUAUGAAAAAUAUCUUUAGAGAAACAAAUAUUUAUACCUGCAUAUGAAACAUAGGAAAAGGUAUAAUUUGUGAAGGUAUACCAAUAAUAGCCAUUGUUUGAUGUUCUAUAUUAAUAAGAUGCUUAUACAAUGGCGUUACGUAAUUAUCAUCGACUUUGACGUCACAACUUUCGUCUAAGAAAGGAAAACUGUAUUGAUAUCCAGUACAAUAAAGAAAUACGUCAAUGGUAACAGAAGUUCCAUCUUUUAGGAAACAUUUCGUUCCCUCCAAUCUAUCAACUCCAACGACUUGUAUCAUGUUAGAUGGGAAUACGCUCGUGAACCUAUACGUGCAUAUUAUAUAUAUGUAUAUAUAUAUAUAUAUAUA